AACGGGGCAGCAGCCAGCCUCCUCUCUUCCCGCCUUAGCUCACCUACUAGGCUACUACCCGGCGGAGCUCCUCCACGUACUCCACCACGAGCCCCACGAAACCUCCCCACCACCCACACGACGCGUGCACCCACUUCACCGCCGCUCGCCGCAGCCAUAUAACCACCACCGAGAUCGAUCGAGCAGGCGCAGCACCAAGCGAGCGCGCGGCCGGCGAGGCGAUGCAUCCGCUGGUGGAGGCGCUGGUGGGGGAACGGCGGCACUGGGCGCCGGCGGUGCGGCACGCGGUGGCGUGGGCGGGCGCGCUCGCGCUCGCCGUGUCCGUGGCGUCGUUCGCGCCGGAGGCCGCCUUCGUGUGGGCGCUGGCGGGAGGCGGCGGCGGCGACCACGCCUGCGUCCCGGCGCGGAUGGCGGGGCGGUCCGGGAUCGACCUGCUCGUGCCGCCGGCGUUCGCGGGGCUCGCCGUCGGCGCGUCCGCGUGCUUCGUCAGGGCGCUCGCCAUCGGCCGCCGGCACGACGAGUACUAGCCGUCCUUGAAGAGGGAAUUGAAGAAAAAACCGCGCGCAGGCUGGGAUUUCGCUCAGUUGAUCUUGCUUCCGAAAUGCGUUUCUCUGUUCUUUUUUUUUCCAACAUGGAAAAUACGUUCUCUGGUGGACAAGGGUAAUUUUAAACAGAUGCGUUUUCUUUAGAUUUGACUUCCUUUUCCCGAGGUUUUUCGCUGUGACUACUUGUACAUAACACGUCGGUUAACUGAAACUUUGCUGUAUGGACAAAACAUCAUUGCAAACAGUAGUGGAAAAAUGUUCAUAUGCA